AUGCAGAAGAUGUUGUGGUGGUUCCUGGUCUUGAUUAACUUCUCUAAUGCUUUUGGCCAGACAGACAUGCGUAAGAAGGCCUUUGUGUUUCCCAUAGAGUCAGAUAAGUCCUACGUAUCCCUGGAAACGCAGCUGAUGAAGCCACUCAAAGCCUUCACCAUAUGCCUUCAUGUCUACACCGAACUGGCCAGCACCCGUGGGUACAGUAUUUUCUCUUAUGCCACCAAGAAACAAGCUAACGAGAUCCUCAUAUUUUGGUCUAAGGACGAAGGAUAUAGCUUUUCAGUGGGUGGCACUGAAGUAUUAUUUAAGGCUACUGAAAACACCUUAGCUCCAGUACACAUUUGUGCAAGCUGGGAGUCCUCCUCAGGAAUUGCAGAGCUCUGGGUGGACGGGAAGCCCAUGGUGAGGAAGAGUCUGAAGAAAGGGUACUCUGUGGGGAGAGAGGCGAGCAUCAUCCUGGGACAGGAGCAGGAUUCAUUUGCUGGGAGCUUUGAGGAAAACCAGUCUUUGGUGGGAGACAUUGGAGAUGUGAAUAUGUGGGACUUUGUGCUGUCACCAGAUGAGAUUAACAUGGUCUAUGUUGGUGGGACUGUCAGUCCUAAUGUCCUGAACUGGCGGGCGCUGACAUAUGAAGCACAUGGUGAAGUGUUCACCAAACCCCAGCUGUGGUCCUGA